AGAAAGAAGAAGAGAGAAGCACAACGUGUGCAAUUCUCUUAAUGUUUUUGUAGUUCGGCUAAAUAGAUAAAAACAUUUCUUUGGCAAAAUCUUAACUGAAUUGCAAAAUGCCAACAAUUGGUGUGAAACGGGAUUUAUUAUUUGAAGCUUUGGGUACAAAAUACAGUGAUGACGAUUUUCAACAAUUGUGUUUCGCUUUUGGGCUAGAACUAGAUGAAGUGACCACAGAAAAGCAAAUGUUAACCAGAGAGCAAGGCGACGAGGCAAGCGGAAUUGCUGAUGCUUCAGAAGAAAUUAUUUAUCGAAUUGAUAUACCGGCUAAUCGUUAUGAUUUACUAUGUUUGGAGGGACUAGUGACCAGCUUAUUAGUGUUUCAGGGCAAAAUUAAGCCUCCCAAAUUUGAAUUGUGUGAGCCUAAGGAUGGUAAGCGACAAAUUUUAAAAAUUUUGCCAGAAACUGCAAGCGUUCGUCCCUACGCUGUAGCUGCUGUGUUGCGUGAUAUCAAGUUUACUCAAUCGUCUUAUGAUAGCUUUAUCGAUUUGCAAGACAAAUUACAUCAGAAUAUUUGCCGUAAACGUGCUCUAGUAGCGAUUGGCACACAUGAUUUAGAUAGCAUACAGGGACCAUUUCGUUAUGAGGCACGUUCUCCGAAAGACAUCAAUUUUAUACCAUUGAAUCAAAGUAAAAGCAUGAACGGUGAAGAACUCAUGGAAUUUUAUAACAAUCAUUCUCAACUUAAACAAUAUUUACCCAUAAUAAGAGAUUCCCCUUUAUAUCCAGUUAUUUAUGAUGCCAAUGACCUAGUCUUAUCACUGCCUCCAAUUAUUAAUGGAAAUCAUUCAAAGAUCUCCUUAAAUACGAAAAAUGUAUUCAUUGAGGCUACGGCCACCGACUUAACCAAAGCUAAAGUAGUUUUAGAUACAAUUGUAUGUAUGUUUUCUACGCAUUGUCAGCAAAAAUUCGCUGUAGAACCUUGCGAUGUUAUACAACCGGAUGGCACAAUUGUAACGUAUCCCGAGUUAGCUGUACGCCAAGAAAUAAUAUCGACAAAUAAGACGAAUAAAAUUAUUGGCAUUGAGGAAACACCUGAGAAAAUUGCUGAUAUGCUGACUCGCAUGUAUUUAGAAGCUGAGAAAAUGACCGAUGAAGAUUCUAUUCAGGUAUCUAUACCGCCCACUAGACAUGAUAUUAUACACAAUUGUGAUAUUUAUGAAGACGUGGCCAUCGCUUAUGGCUACAAUAAUAUACGAAAAACGCUGCCUUCCUUUAUGCAUAUCGCCAAACAAUAUCCCUUAAAUAAAUUAACCGAACAGUUAAGGGAACAAGUCGCUCAAGCGGGUUUCACUGAAACUUUAACAUUUACUUUAUGCUCGCGUGAUGAUGUGGCAAACAAAUUGAAUAAAAUAAUUGAUCAUAUACCGGCUGUGCACAUAGCUAAUCCUAAAACGUUAGAAUUUCAAGUUGUACGUACCACAUUAUUGCCCGGCCUGUUGAAAACAUUAGCUGCCAAUCGUAAAAUGCCUUUGCCUUUAAAACUUUUCGAAAUUAGCGAUGUGGUUAUAACCGAUAAUGAAACCGAAGUAGGAGCACGUAACGAAAGGCGUUUAUGUGCUAUUAAUUGUAAUAAAACAGCAGGAUUUGAAGUAGUACAUGGUUUGUUAGAUCGCGUUAUGCAAUUAUUGGAAGUUCCUUGGGAAUCGUCAAACAAUUCCGCCUCUACGGGCUACUGGCUGCAAGCUGUCGAUGAUGAGACUUACUUUCCUGGACGUUGUGCUUACAUUAUUUACAAUAAUGUGGCUAUUGGUAAAAUUGGCGUUUUACAUCCCACCGUAUUGCAGGCUUUCGAAUUAAUUACACCUUGCUCAGUUUUGGAGUUUAACAUUGAACCAUUUGUAUAAGAUCCAAAAGAAGGCUCUCCAAAAUCAUAUUUAUAAUUUAUUUGCAUUUUUUUUUUCAUUUCAAUAAAUAAAGAUGGAAGAUCUUGUUAAAUAAAAAUUUUGCGAUUCACUUUAAUAUAUUUGUAGAGAUUAGAAAAAGAUGCCCGGGUUUGUAAAUAUUUGAAAUAUAAUUGAAAAUUUAAAAAAAAAAAAAUGAUCUCGCCUAAAAGAUGAGUCUAA